AACGCGCAACAACACCAGGCAGUAGCAGCAGCUUUACCUUCACCCUCGCCUGUCAUUACUGGGGCGCAUGAUUGCUACGCCGACACUGACCAUCUGACUAAUGAAGCUUAGCUAGAGCGCUCUUUGUUGCAACCUCGACGCGUUCUCUGGCACUCACCUUCCCCCCAUCUUUUGUAGUACUCGCCUCUUGCCUCGUCCGUGUCAGUCAAGAAGAAGUGCGCUUGUUCGACCCCACCUGCCGCGACCAUGGCUGCAAAGAGAAAGGCGGCUGCAAUGGCGCCCGAAGACGACGACCCCAUAGAUCCCUCCGACGAGCUCAUGUUCCUCUGCUUGGGAGGCGGUAACGAGGUCGGGCGAUCAUGUCACAUCAUCCAGUACAAGGGCAAGACGGUCAUGCUCGAUGCCGGCAUGCACCCCGCCCACGAGGGCUUGUCCGCCAUGCCCUUUUACGACGACUUUGAUCUCAGCACUGUAGACGUGCUCUUGAUAUCACAUUUUCACGUCGACCAUGCAGCUUCUCUCCCAUACGUCCUUGCCAAAACAAACUUCAAGGGCCGCGUCUUCAUGACACAUCCUACCAAAGCAAUCUAUAAGUGGCUCAUCCAAGAUUCGGUCCGUGUUGGCAACAUGUCAAGCAACUCUGAGACCAAGAUCCAAAUGUACACUGAGGCCGAUCAUCUCAACACCUACCCCAUGAUCGAGUCCAUUGAUUUCUACACUACACAUACAGUCUCUGGUGUACGGAUAACACCAUAUCCAGCAGGUCACGUGCUUGGUGCUGCCAUGUUCCUCAUGGAGAUUGCUGGUUUAAAGAUACUCUUCACUGGCGAUUACUCGCGAGAAGAUGACCGACAUUUGGUGUCAGCUUCCGUACCGCCUGGCGUCAAGAUUGAUGUUCUCAUUACUGAGUCAACAUUUGGUAUCUCGAUGCACACUCCCCGUGUUGAGCGAGAGGCACAGCUCAUGAAGGCCAUUACUGAUGUGCUCAACCGCGGUGGCAGAGCUCUGCUCCCAGUUUUUGCCCUGGGACGAGCGCAAGAACUUUUGCUCAUCUUGGACGAGUACUGGAGCAAGCAUCCAGAGGUUCAGAAGAUACCCAUCUAUUACAACUCGAGUCUGGCGCGAAAGUGUAUGCAGGUCUACCAAACAUACGUUUCGGCCAUGAACGACAACAUCAAGCGGCUCUUCGCUGAGCGCAUGGCAGAGGCUGAAGCAGCAGGCGACACGGGCCGUCGUGGAGCUUGGGACUUCAAAUUCGUUCGAUCACUCAAGAGUCUGGAGCGCUUCGAUGAUCUGGGAGGUUGUGUCAUGCUAGCUUCACCUGGUAUGAUGCAGUCAGGAACAUCACGUGAGCUGCUUGAGCGAUGGGCGCCAGAUCCGAGAAACGGUGUCAUCAUCACGGGUUACUCUGUCGAAGGCACAAUGGCGAAGCAAAUUGUACACGAGCCCGACCAAAUCCCCGCUAUAAUGACACGAGCAAGCAACACAGCGCGCCGGCCAGGCCAACGGGAGAAUGAGCAGACCAUGAUACCCCGGCGGUGCACAGUUCAGGAAUACAGUUUUGCUGCUCACGUCGACGGAAAAGAGAACAUGGAGUUUGUGCAGGAAGUCGGCGCGCCAGUUGUCAUUCUUGUCCACGGUGAAAAAGGCAACAUGACCCGCUUAAAGUCUAAACUUCUCUCUUUCAACGCCCAAAAAACAAUUCCUACUAAAAUCUACUCACCAGCCAAUUGUGAGGAACUCCGCAUCCCCUUCAAAACCGAUAAGAUCGCAAAGGUUGUGGGAAAGCUAGCCUCCAUCACUCCGCCGAUGCCUCGUUCUCUAACCCUUGAUGGCAGUGAAGCUAAUCAGGUUGGGGUAAAGCAAGAACCAGAGGGAGAAAAUGUAGACAUCAUCAGCGGAGUGUUGAUACAGAACGAUUUUAAGAUUAGCCUCAUGGCGCCAGAGGAUUUGAAAGAGUACGCUGGAUUGACAACUACGACUAUUCUUUGCCGUCAACAUAUUACACUAUCGGCAGCGGGCAUUGAUUUGAUACGGUGGGCUCUUGAAGGCACCUUCGGUGCCAUCAAAGAGACUCGUCUCACUGAUGCAGCUGUUGAAGGCAAGAUGAACGGCACUGAAAAUGGGCACAAGGAAGAAGCAGAUGAGGAGGUCAACCGGACAGAGAUCAAAUUUACCGUUAUGGAUUGCGUAGGCGUGCUCGUCAAGAACGGUGGUAGGGUGGAAGUCGAGUGGGAAGGCAACGUAAUCAACGAUGGAAUUGCCGAUGCCGUCCUCGCCGUCCUGUUCACAGUCGAAUCCUCCCCAGCGGCUGUACGGCAAUCCUCAAAGCAACACUCGCACAACCAUGGACCUCCAGCUUCAGACGACAUUUCUGCUACGAAAUUCACUCACCGCUUCAAGGAUAAACCGCACCCCCACCGGACACCUGACCCUUCCACACGUCUCGCUCGCCUUUUCCUCUUCCUUGAGGCACAAUUCGGCGAAGAAGCUGUCCGUCCCAUUACCCUCCCUCGCAACAGUACCACGACAGCAACCACCAACGGAACACCGGCCGCUACUACAGACGCCGACACACCCCCUCCAGAUGCUCCAGCACCUGAUGCUACAUCUGCAACAGAUCCUCAUGGCGUCACCGAAACUUAUUCAGCCGAUGACCAAUUGUCUACAGAGGAUAAACAGGAGUUGAAGCGUUUGCACAACCUAGGCAUUCCUGUUCCGGGAGUCGAGAUCAAGUUCGAUCGUUUUGUGGCCAAGGUGUGGCUGGAGGAUUUGGAUGUAGAAUGUUCGAAUAAUGCGCUAAGAGCACGUAUCAAGGCAGUAGUAGAAAGAGGAGUUGAGACGGUUAGUGGUUUGUGGUCGUAAGAGUCAGUAACUUGAUAACUUGAGAAAUAAAAAUAUGGUCGAGAAUUGCUGGCUUCAUGGGGUUGUUUUUGCGUGGUGGCGAAGGAGGAAAAUCUGCUUGUACUUUUGUCUUUCGCAUUUAUCUCUACCUGUUCGAGAAAUGGGGCAGAUAUUCUGGACGUUUCAGCCUUGGAGUGAGAGAACCACGCCAUAUACGUUGAAUACACAUGUGACGCAAGAACCGUACAACGUGGCUUAUCAGAGCACAACUUGAUGUCGCACAAUCACAAGACU